CAUCCCCACGACACUCGCCUGAGAGCUGCGGUAGAGUGGCGGCGCCAGGAGGCGAUAGAGAACCUUUCUCUAGAAGGGAAGGCGGUCUACGAGACUGUCAACAACGCCAACGACAAGUUCAAGGCAGAGAAGCGAAUCCUCAUCGCAUCCACGGUGGCCAAGACAGUCAAUUCCGUGGUAGAUCUGGCCGUCGACAAGGCGGUGGGUGCAAAGGUCAACGCCGCCGUGCCGAACGCCGUACAUGGAUGGGAUCGAGUCGGACCUUUGUGCCACCUUGGGUCUCACCUCCCAAGACGACGACUCGGCGCUGCCCAUCAGGACGCCGAGGGGAGACAUGGAGAACAGCCCAGGAGGGCGCCACGCUGCAAGACUAGAUGGGGGACAGGAAUUGGGGCUAAUCAGCCCUACAUCCCUCCUCCGGCUUGAGGAAGAAGUGUGUGAGGAAGAUGUCGAUCAUUUCCAACAAUGGCCACAAUCAUCACAUUCUUCCAAACAGGGCAGACAGUUUUCUCCUUGGUAUACAGGUGAGCACAGAUUAGUGUUAGUUGAACAUGCUAAAAUGGUGCCACAAUCUGAUGAUAAGCUUGCUACAUUGAAAGCUUAUCGACGCGCCAAUGGGUUGUAUUUCACUGCGAAGAGAAGUGGGGCAAGGAUGACAAAUGCAACUCAACGGUACAGUUGCAUAGUUGCAUGUGGUGCAAAAGAUGCUUGAGUUUUGUGCAACGGAUUCAUUAUCCUCUGAUGAUAGUGAAGAUGAUUUGAUGUUGUUGUCUAAUAAAACUCAGUCUUCUUCUGCUACAA